AUGGGAGCCGGCGCGAGCAAUGGCAAUGUCAGCUGGCACGAUGUGCGGGACAUGUCACCUCCUGAGCUCGCCGACUUUAUGGCACAAACGUGCGAUUCGAGCUUCACGAAACACUACCAAGCCAUCAUCGACAACGCCGUGGGGGGUGGUAUCGUGUGUUCCUUGGGAAAACAAUCUCUGCGGACGUUCUUGACGGACAUAAACAUCACGCUCAAGCCGCAGCAGGACUUCAUAAUUGAAGGUCUCGACAAGCUGAACAAAACCACGGAAGUCGCUGUGGCCGCGCUGGAGGAAAGUGGGUCCCCCUAUAAGCACACUGUCGUUCGGAACUUGAGGACACACAACGCAGCGUACGUUACCUUCACCAAGGUGGCGCAAUCGCUGAAUAUGGUGUGGCUCAUUUCCGCCGGAAGCCUUGAGGACCCUUUCUGUCUUAUGGAGGUGUGCGCGGCAGUGCGGCAGGGAACUCCGGUGCUGCCUGUUCGUCUCGCGGGGGCUGGAAUGCGGCCCCUUAACAUACCGAUCUGGACCUACUCGAUCCAGGUAAAGCCUUCGAGAUCUGGGGCUACUACAUCGAGUACCCUUACGGCUUCUUCUACCGACGACACUGCUGUCGUUGGUGACGCCAAUACCAAGAAUGGCCCGGGAAAAUUGGAGAAAAGCAGCGAUCUCAAGGGCGGCGGAGGAGGCAGCGGCGGCGGCGAGCACCAACUGGCAGCAACAGGAGUCGACGCGGGCAACACGGCAACCGAAUUCAGAGAGAGAGGGCGGCGUUUGCGUCGUCGCGCAGUCGACGGGUUCUACGCGCAGCUCGCUCAGCGACUGCCUAAGCAAGUCCAGGCCGAGCUUCACCGAAAUCGUUUCCUGGUGAAGGACGUCAUCGCGGCCGUCCGCUCGUGUUUCGAAGGCACAGGAGAGAGCGAAACCGGCGACACAGGGCAAGCAGGCGCCGGUGCUACCGGCACCCGAUCCGACAAAGCGGCGUCCGCGACGGUUUCCAAGGCGAGGGCGAAGCCACCAGUGUUUGACAUAUCGGAUCAACCUGCUGAACACGACAUGCUUCUCACUGCGCUUGUAGGGGUCAACCGCCGGAAUACGGGAAAGGCAAACGUCGAAGACGUUGCAAAUCGUGACAAAGGGAGAGAAUCUGGGUCGUCUUCGUGGAAUUGGGAGCAGGUACCACGGAGUGCUCCGCUUGCCGGGCGCGCGCGCCUUACGGACGCCGUGCCCUGGCGGUCGGACGAGGAAGUUUCGGAGAUGAUCAAGAUGGAAGAAGCGGAAGCAGACGAUCUCGCGGGACUGUUGGUGAAUGACAUGCGGACCCAUCCGAGCUCGGAGCAGCACCAGUGGGAGGGCUGCAAAGGGUUGGCAGACCUGGCUGCUAGGGAUAGUGACGGUCUAAGCGCUGUGCGACGGCAGGGAGGGAUUCAGGCCAUCCUUGCCGCUCUCGCGGCAUGCCCCAAAGAUGCAGACGUACAGAGAUGGGGAUGCCAAGCGCUGGUCCCCCUGUUCAGCGACCCCAUCGUGGCGACACCCUUCCGCCAGGCAGGAAUCGCCGCUGUGAUCCGAGCGCUCGCCGUGUUGUCCUGCUGUGAGGCGGCUCUGAAGAGUAUGGGGGCUGUUGGCGGUGCAGGUGGGGGGAGCGCUGCCCGCGGCGGAAGGGCGAAGGCGACGGCGGCUCGCACGAGGUGGACUCGAGCCGUCAAAAAGCUGGAAAUUUACCGCGUGAGGGAACAGAGACGUGCCAGCCUGGAGAAAAGCGAGGCCGCCGUAAGAGCGAUCCAGAGGGAGGAAGAAGAACUGGCUAAAAAGAUAGAGGCGAGACGAAAGAGCAUCGAGCUUGAGCUUCAGAAAGAAAUCGAAGCUGAGGAUGAAGCAGCUGUGGCUGACGCUAGCGAUGCAGCUGAAACUAUCGAUGCGGGUGAGGCUCGAGACAAUACCAACAGCGAUGAAGGUCCAUCAUUGGAAAGCGUCGAUGCAGCAACCACAGCCGCAGCCGCAGGAGCGCGGGGCAGCAUUGACGGAAAGAACAAGGAAGAAGGCCGUACGGCGGCGGAGCAAACUACGCCGGAAGGGCAGGAGGAAUCUGAGAUUGAGAACAACGGAGACACUGAAGAGAACAACGGAGGCACUGAAGAGAAAAACAAAGAUGACAGCAGCAUAUGUGAUGACGCGCUGGCCGAGGAGCAGCGGCGCCUGGAGGAGCAGGACAGGCUGGAGCACGAGGCCGAAAUAGCGAGGUUGAAAAAGUGA